GGUGGAGCUUGAAGAAGCGAAGCAAACUUAUAGCAAUCAAGCAUUUACUAAGAGAUGUGAUUAAUGAUUCUUGGCAAUGUGAUUAACAAACUAAGUGAUGGUGCAAAGCAAAGGGGACACAUUCCUUAUCGGGAUAGUAAGCUCACUCGCAUACUUCAACCUGCUCUUGGUGGCAAUGCCAAAACUUCUAUAAUUUGCACUUUAGCACCAGAAGAGAUUCACAUAGAGGAAACGAAAGGAACCCUCCAGUUUGCUAGCAGAGCCAAGAGAAUAACAAAUUGUGUUCAAGUGAAUGAGGGUUAUUUUGACAGAUACUGCCUUACUGAAGCGACAAAAACUAGAGAUAGAGGAAAUCACACAAAGCACGAGAUCAAUGCAUUAAUUAGGGAACAACAAAUGAAAAUUGACAAUCUCAAUAGUCUUGUCACCGUUUCGGAUUCCAAUAAAAAGUCUAGCCAGAAUAGAUGA